AUGUACGCAAUCCCUCCUGCCAAUCGUCCGUCAAGGAAAUACCAGCAAGUAGCCGUAGCAACGCACAGGUUCCCUCACCCGGAGACAUUUUGGAAGGAGUUCAUUCGCCGAAGACCAAAAAUGGACAUACCAGCAUCAAAACAGUUCUUCGACACGCACGUCUGCUAUGAACCUUCCCCAAUCGAUUCAAACACGGAGGGAAGAGGACGUUGCGGCGCAUGUGGCAACAAUUGGGGAGGACAACUGAUGAAAGCACAUUCGGCAUAUAAUUGUGGAGUCCCAAAAAACUACCAGCUGGAGUUCGUGGCAACAAACACUGCGGCAUACUGCCCGAGAUGUCUCAGCUCAGAGGAGUUCCAUGUCUCGUGCAGAGAAAAAGACCUAACAUGCAAAAAGUGCGAAGAAAGAGGAAACGGUCCGAGACCUCACAACCCAAUCGUCCAAUGGUGUAAACUCAAGGAAGGUACCGACCCGACCAAAGUUUGGGAAUGGCGGACAGCCUACUACCAGCACCUACAAGAAGAAUCGAAGAAAGAACCAUUCAAGAUUCGUAUGGUUAACGAUCGAUCAAUCAAAUUCGAGCCACUCUAUGCUUGUUGGGGAUUCCCGCCAUUAAACGGACACCACCUCUACCAGCCACUCCGGUACGCCCCAGGAGCCGACUACCCAGGACUCCUACCAGCAACGAUGCCACAACAACAAGCAGCAAUGGCAAAGGAACUGGAAAUGCUAGAGAAACGACAGGUAAAUCGGCAGGUUGCUAGAGCCAAUCCGACUGCUCCCGUGUCGGGCACAGGAGUAACUCUGACAACUCGUGCGCCAGGUGAAGGUAUUGAAGCUUCCGCAAGGUUGCGCUACCCAAGUCAGGCGCCUGCUGAAAUACCAGCAAUAUCUCAAGCACCAAACCUCUCGUUCUGGACAGCCCAUAGCAGAAAGGAAGCCGAAGGAAUCUGGGAGCAGGAAAGCAAGAAGGCGGCGACAUUCUGGAACACAUCACAAGACGUCAUACAGUCACUGGAGAAAGACGUCGGUCAAAUGGGAUAUCCAGCAAAGAUCGACGAAGAAUACCAGUACUACGAGGAUGAGUACCAGCUGAAACCAAACGAUCUCAAGGACAUGCUUAUUCAAGGAGUUUUGAUCGAAGGCUCUCCGGAUUGUUUUGUCGACAGAGCAAUGGCUCUUCAAAAUACAAUAACUGGUCAGAGACAAGAGGAGGACACGAUCAGGAACCAGCUCUUUGGUUUGGACUCAGCAACUGUGAUCGUCGCGUAUUUGGAGAUGCUGUGGAAAUUGGCAGUAGUCCUAUCUCAAUCGGAAGAGCUGCCAAAACUACAACUAGCGGACUCCAAGAAUCCGUAUGUAUCAGCCAGAGCAUGGAAGGAAUUGGUGACCGUCCCAACAAUAAAAUCCUUCAAAUCCGUACCAGCCCAAGUUCGUUAUCACUUCUUCACCCUCUGGAUCAUAAACGUAGCCAAGAAUUUGGAAAAGAAGUCGUCGGAAGGAGAAGGAGGAAGUACCAGCGGAAUGGACAACGGAGGAGAAGGAGUGAUUGGUGGCGGGAGCGGAGCGCAGUGA